AUGGCUAGAGAAAUUAAUAGCACUGCAAGUACAAUUACUUCGGAAGAUGAGUUUCAAACAGUUACAACGUCUGCUGAAUUACAAUGCAACGAAUUUUGUAAUCUGAGGUAUGUCGGAGGCUCAACGACGAAUCAGUUCUCAAGCGCGUUAAAUAGUCCAAGCAGAGCUCGAAUUGGUGUAUCGCAGGUGUCCGUGCCGUUGGCUUGGAAGAGUGAUGAACAUUUUGGAACUCGAGGGGAAGGAAAGAUGUACUCCAUGUUUAUUGUACUUCAAGCAAACAGUAAUAUCAUUGAUAGCCGUAUUGUAACAACUAUUGAUCGCACAUGUACUGAUGUCACGUUUAAGGAUUCAUUUAUUUUUGAAAAUCAACCAGUAGAUUUUGAAAUUGGAAUUCAGCUCUAUGCAUUGCGAACUGAUGGUGGUGAUAUAUCUCAUUCACUGAAACAAAAAUUGACUCGUUCUUUGGGACGCCGAUUUGGUACCACAUAUAAAAAUAGUUGGUUCGGUAAUGAGGUUCUGGCAGUGGACCCUGUCCCGAGCAAUGGAGGUGGUCAAGAUGUUGUCAACAACGGCUACUUUCAUCUGCUUGGUCAAGCAACACUAACUCUCAGUGAUGCCAAGCCUAAAACCGGAAUCUACGACCUUCACCUGUCACCCAAUGGCUAUGUCACAGCGAUUAACUAUGGCCCACCUUUGUAUGGUCAUAUUCGAUGUCGAAUUGUCGCGCAACCGAAUUCAGUGCUAUUGCCCCUUUUGGAUGGUAUUUUGACAAUCAAGCCCAUAGGUGACAGCAGAUUGUACCAUAAUAUGCGAUGCAAAUUACAAGCCGGUGUAUUAAAAUGCAAUACAGAUCAACCACUUCAUUUAGUCGAUCAAACACUUCAUAUCUAUAUCAAUAAGGAUUCAAAGGUAACAGUAUGCAAGCACGAACAAAGUAUAAUUGUUACGUCAGAUCGUUAUUUGUCCGGAGGCAAACGCAAUAAACAAUUUAUUUUGACAGCUGAAAGCGAAGAAGAUAUUGCUGCAUGGCAAUGUGCAAUUAGCAUGCAAAUCGCAGAUUGUGAACAAUGGGGCGAAUUUGCUGUUUCAUCAAUAAGAUUAACUACCGAACCGGAGAAGCCCGAUGUGGUAAUUUUAUCGAGAAGAAGUGGUCGUCGAUUAUACGAUGAGAUUCAAAUUGAAGCCAAUGAUAGUGUGCCGAGAGUUUUAAAGAACGACUCGCAUAAUGAACAUCAGGAUCCAUUCUUGAAUUCAGUCAAGAUGGUUUCAUUUGCGUCAACCACGAAAUUCCAUCAAACAGCUCCAUCAGGACGAAGACGAAAUGCUCGGUCUCAUGUACGUGACCUCUUUCAGGCUGUGGCUGAAAGUGACCACCGUUAUAUUAUUAAUUUGCCAAUUGGACAGAUGGAAACUGAUGAAUUGAUCUGCGCAUCAUCUUCAAAAUCAAAUUUUAACUGUUUCCAGCUAACAUGGCAGCGUAACGUUACACAGGCAGAAGUAAAAUGA